UUUUGUCCAUUAAUGUUGUUGUUGUUGUGUGAUUGAGUAAACAUCUGCUUUUGGCUUGUGUGUGUGACUCGUUUUUGCAUCAAAUCAAUUUUGUUGUGUUUUUCAUUGAUUUAUAUAUAUCAUUCUUAUUUCCGAUUUAAUUUUGAUCCAAUUACUCAUCAUUCAAUGAUGGCGACACCAAUUAAUCAUGCCAUAAUGGUAUUCAUCACCAUGGCACUGAUUACAGUAUGUGAAUCGGAUUUAAUGCGUAAAUCAAUAGUUUUCGAUCCAAAAACACCAAAAGUAUUUUAUUGUCCACAAGAAAAACCUGUUGAUAUGACGAAAAUGAUUGUGAAAGCAAUACCAUUGGAACGUCUUUGUGAAUAUGAAGGACAAAUGAAUAUACCGAAAAAUGCCCGUUCCGAUUGUUAUAAUGAUGUUGAUGAAUCAGAAUAUGCAUGUGCCGAAAAACAACGUAUCGAAUUACGUAUUAAUCCACCAGUAGAUAUGGCUGAAACGACAACAAUAAUACCAACACCUGAUGCACCGGAUCAUAUCAAAGAAAAUACAAAAGAACAAUUGAUGAAAAAAAAGAAAAGUACAACCAAAUUUAAUGGGAAAAAAUUAUAAACAAAAAUACAAAAUACAAAACACAAAACAAAUCAUCAUCAACAUGAAUAAACAAACAAAACUACUAUAUACUAAAUGAUGGCAGCUACUUGUUACA